AUGAAAAACCCUAACUGUCACUUCUCCGACUCGCUCGACGCCGGACGCGAAAUCCGGCGACGGAGAAAAGACCGUACCAAAAUUAAGCCCGAGAGUGAAACUCGAGCAGCCGCUCCGCGUCGCCGGAAGAUCGCGAGGAGAAGUUCCGGUCACCGGAAAUCUCUACGAAGUGUAGACACCGCGAGUGGUGAGGUUUGGGAUUCGCAUUCACGUGAAGGAGCGGUGGCCAAUAUGAUCGAAAGGUUGUUGGAAUCUGGGGGCAGGAGAGGAACCGGAGAGAGAUUUGUAUGGACGGUAACCGGAGAGAGAAUAAGAGAAGGAGAAACGGAGAGAGAAAGGAAGCGUGUGCAUGCAGAAUAA